AUGAUCAAACGACUACUCAUGACUGCCACCAAGCCCAAAAAAGGAAAAGCUCAAGACUUUGUAUUGAAAACACCAAAGGGUACCAAAGACUGGGCCGACAAAGAUAUGGUCCUCAGAGAGGCCAUCUUCGGGACAUUAUCGACUCUAUUCAAAAAGCACGGUGGUGUAACCAUCGACACACCCGUUUUCGAAUUGAGAGAAAUAUUGACUGGAAAAUACGGUGAAGACUCGAAAUUGAUCUACAACUUAGAAGACCAAGGUGGAGAACUCACUUCCUUGAGAUACGACUUGACUGUUCCGUUCGCCAGAUUCGUCGCAUGCAACAAUAUCGCCAGCAUCAAAAGAUACCACAUUGCCAAAGUCUACAGAAGAGACCAGCCAGCCAUGACCAAAGGGAGAAUGAGAGAGUUUUACCAAUGCGAUUUCGAUAUUGCCGGAAACUACGACACAAUGGUCCCAGACUCAGAAAUCUUGGCAUUAUUGUGUGAUGGGUUAAAUGGAUUGGGAAUCCAAGACUUUAAAGUGAAACUCAACCAUAGAAAAAUUUUAGAUGGUAUCUUCCAAGCAUGUGGGGUUAAAGAAGAAGAUGUGAGAAAGAUUUCCUCUGCAGUCGACAAACUCGACAAAUCGCCAUGGGAAGUGGUCAAAAAAGAAAUGGUCGUCGAAAAAGGUCAACCAGAAGAAGUCGCCGACAAGAUCGGUGAGUUUGUCAAACACAACGGGUCAAUUCGUGAGGUGUUGGAGUACUUGCAAUCGAGUGAAAUCCUCAAGUCCAACGACUCAGCACAAAAAGGAAUCGAGGAAAUGCAAAUCUUGGCCGACUACGUUGACGCAUUCGAUAUCACCCAAUACUUGUCGUUCGACUUGUCAUUGGCUAGAGGGUUGGACUACUAUACUGGUUUAAUCUACGAAGCUGUUACUGCCGCCUCAGCACCACCAGAAAACGCUACCGAAUUAAAAGCUAAAUCCAAAGACGAUGACGCAUCGGCAUAUGUCGGUGUCGGGUCCAUCGCUGCUGGUGGCCGUUACGACAAUUUAGUGGGUAUGUUCUCCAACGGUAAAUCCAUCCCUUGUGUUGGUGUAUCGUUUGGUGUUGAGAGAUUAUUCUCCAUCAUCAAGAACCGUGCCAAUCUCAACAACAUCUCCGCCAACCACACUGACGUGUUUGUUAUGGCAUUUGGCGGCGGCGAAGGCUGGAACGGGUUCUUAAAAGAAAGAAUGGAAAUCACCAACAAGUUAUGGAAAGCUGGGAUCAACGCCGAGUACUUGUACAAAUCCAAAGCCAACAUUCGUAAACAAUUCGAUGCCGCCGAAAAGGCCGGCGCCAAAUUAGCUGUCAUUCUUGGUAAAGAAGAGUACCCACAAGGCCAAUUACGAAUCAAAGUGUUGGGCCAGGGAGAGGAAAACGAAGGUGAGUUGGUCACCAAAGAUGAACUACUUGCUGCUGUCCAGGCCAAGCUCAGCUCUGACAUCGACGACAUUUCUCGCAUAAUCAAGGGUCUUUAG